AUGGCCACCGGGAGGACCUGGGAGGAAUGCAGUGUAGACCUGAGGAUGAGUGGAUUCUCCGUGGAUGGCGAUACCGAGAGUGAACCAUAUGAUGAUGAAGAGUUUGAAGGUUAUGAAGACAAGCCAGAUACUUCUUCUAGCAAAAAUAAAGAUCCAAUAACAAUUGUUGAUGUGCCUGCACACCUCCAGAACAGUUGGGAGAGUUAUUAUCUAGAAAUUUUGAUGGUAACUGGUCUGCUUGCCUACAUCAUGAAUUAUAUCAUUGGAAAGAAUAAAAACAGUCGCCUUGCUCAGGCCUGGUUUAACACUCACAGAGAGCUUUUGGAGAGCAACUUCACCUUAGUAGGGGAUGAUGGCACUAAUAAAGAAGCCACAAGCACAGGAAAACUAAACCAGGAGAAUGAGCACAUCUACAACCUGUGGUGUUCUGGCCGUGUGUGCUGUGAGGGGAUGCUUAUCCAGCUGAGGUUCCUCAAGAGACAGGACUUAUUGAAUGUCUUGGCCCGGAUGAUGAGGCCAGUGAGUGAUCAAGUGCAAAUAAAAGUAACCAUGAAUGAUGAAGACAUGGACACGUAUGUGUUUGCUGUUGGCACUCGGAAAGCCUUGGUGCGACUACAGAAAGAGAUGCAGGAUCUGAGUGAGUUUUGUAGUGACAAACCUAAGUCUGGUGCAAAGUAUGGACUGCCGGACUCCUUGGCCAUCCUGUCAGAAAUGGGAGAAGUCACAGAGGGAAUGAUGGAUACAAAGAUGAUUCACUUUCUAACACACUAUGCUGACAAGAUUGAAUCUGUUCAUUUUUCAGACCAGUUCUCUGGUCCAAAAAUUAUGCAAGAGGAAGGUCAGCCUUUAAAACUACCUGACACUAAGAGGACACUAUUGUUUACAUUUAAUGUGCCUGGCUCAGGUAACACUUACCCAAAGGAUAUGGAGGCUUUGCUACCCUUGAUGAACAUGGUGAUUUACUCAAUUGAUAAGGCCAAAAAGUUCCGACUCAACAGAGAAGGCAAACAAAAAGCAGAUAAGAACCGUGCUCGAGUGGAAGAGAAUUUCUUGAAGCUGACACAUGUGCAAAGACAGGAAGCUGCUCAGUCUCGGCGUGAGGAGAAGAAAAGAGCAGAGAAGGAACGAAUCAUGAAUGAGGAAGAUCCUGAAAAACAGCGCAGGCUGGAGGAAGCUGCCCUGAGGCGUGAGCAAAAGAAAUUGGAGAAGAAACAAAUGAAAAUGAAACAAAUCAAAGUGAAAGCCAUGUAAAGGACCCCAGAGAGCUGAGUCCUGAUGCUGUCUGUGAGCUCUGCAUUCACAGGCAACAGAAGAAAUACCCGUGUGUUUCUCCUCUACUGAUCAGACACUCCCAGUGCUAAGAAGCCCUCUCUUCCAUCGUCUAUUCUGGUUUUGAUUUGGAAUUUUAUAGAGACUUUAGGGACUUUGGAAGGUUCUGUCUGGUUAAUUUCUUCCAGAUAAUCAGAUUAUUUUUGAUUCUUUUAUGAAAGGAAUAACGUGAAAUCUAUAGUUAAGAAAUUUUUUUUUAAUUAUAAUAUGAAUCAUCAGUGCUUUUAGUGCUUUGAUGUUUUAAGAAAUAUCAUGACAUUCAUAGAUAUAUAAUUAAAUUGUUGCUUUUUGUUUAAACUAGACUGUAGUUGAAAUGGCUAUGACGACUAACUCUAAACUGAGCUUCUACAAGUAACCCUUGGAAUUGCACAAUAAACAUUGCUUGGUGGGUUUUUUUUUUUUUUUUUUUUUGGUGUGUGUCUACAUCAAACUUGUGAAAAAGUAAAUUUAGAACACUAAAUGUGAUAUUGAAAUGUCAGGGAUUUAAAACAUAAUGUACUCAUAAAUGUUUUGUAGGUGGGAGGUACUGAUGACAGUAUUAUAGGAUAUCUGUAGGCUUUAGGAUACUUAACCUGUACAUGGAAAAUUCUAGGGCUAGGUAGUACAGGACCAGUUUUCUCCUAUCUGAUACCAUGAGCUAAUGACAAUGUGAAUGCUGUGUUUUAAGUGGUUGUUUGUUUUCUUGAUUAACAAGUGCAUGAAAAAUUAAUUGCUUCACCUGGAUCAGAUCAGUGGUCUAUGUGAAGUCACAGAUGUUUUCCUUCUUGGUUGCUGCAGCCUAUUGGAUGUUCAUGGAGAAGCUCUAGUCUAUGGCUGUGUCACUUUGCUUCUCCUCUGCUUUUAUCUCUUCCACAGUUGAGGUUGGGUAUAUUCUUUUUUACAGAAAUAGCCAUGAACAUGCGUAAAGUGAGCUUUCCCAAAGUAUUGAGUUCUCUCUGCCUCUUGAGGAAGGAACUCUUGGGAGAGGCCCAUCUGUCUGCACGAGCACUUAGCUUGUUCAGAUCUCUGCAUUUUAUAAAUGCUUCCUACUAAGAAAGCAUUUUUUAAGUCACUGCUUGUACCAGGUAAUUUUUGCUGGGAGUGGGAAUGGGUUGGGUUUUGGUGGGAGAGGGGUGGGCAGUACUUUUUGUUGAUGUUUAAUGUGCAGGUGUGUUCUGAGGCAAUAACAAGUUGCUGUGAAGACAGCAUGUGCUGCUGCCUUUGGAACUGUGUGGGGCCUGUUUACACGGGGUCUCCUCUAGGCUAAUGCAGAAAUGUAAACUGGGAGGUGCAGAUAGAGUAUUUUUUUUAACAGUUCAUGAAAUUAAGUUAUUAAAAUAACAAAAAUAACAAAUUUAAUUACUUUAAUGCUAUAUAAUUCUAGAAAUAGCCUUGUUUUACAAAUCUUUAAAGUACAUUUUAGAAAUCAAAGUUGAUAUGCUUAGCUAUCUUUUGAUUAUUAAAUGCUUUCUUAAAGUCCCACACAUUUGGACCAUGGCAGCUAAUUUUGUAAUUUAAGCAUUCAUAUGAACUACCUAUGGAUAUCUAUAUUAAACUAAUUGACAAAAAUCUCA